AUGGCCCGAGAAGCCGGCAGGGCUGGGGCCGUGCACCCCCAGCUCAGAGGGUGCCAAGUCAUGGUUAUCCGGAUGCCUCUGCUGGCCCAACUCGCCGCUGCCGGCCUGACCCCGCUCCCAGCGCUGCUGCCCAGACGCGAGCUGCAGCGGCUCCAGGCCCGCCUGGGACGUUUUGGGAACACUUUCCUCCUACUCCUCCCCUCCCCCGGGGAAUUCCAAGAAGUGUCCCCCAAGGAGGCUCUAAGCCCAGGACCUCAAGAUGGGCGACCUGCCCUGCAGAAGCACCACAGGGCCGUCACGGCCCGCAGACAGCACCUGAAGAGCGUCAUGCUCCAGAUCGCAGCCACAGAGCUGGAGAAGGAGGAGAAACGCCGGGAGACGGAGAAGGAGAACUACCUGUCUGAGCACUGCCCGCCGCUGCACAUUCCCGGCUCCAUGGCCGAGGUGCAGGAGCUCUGCCAACAGCUGCACGCCAAGAUCAACGUGGCCGAGGAGGAGAAGUACGACAUGGAGGUGAAGGUCCAGAAGAGCACCAAGGAGCUGGAGGACAUGAACCAGAAGCUGUUUGACCUGAGAGGCAAGUUCAAGAGGCCCCCGCUGAAAAGGGUGCGCAUGUCGGCCGACGCCAUGCUCAAGGCGCUGCUGGGCUCCAAGCACAAGGUGUGCAUGGACCUGAGGGCCAACCUCAAGCAGGUCAAGAAGGAGGAGACCGAGAAGGAGCGGGACCUGCGUGACGUGGGAGACUGGAGGAAGAACAUUGAAGAGAAGUCGGGCAUGGAGGGCCGCAAGAAGAUGUUCGAGUCCGAGUCCUAG